CUGAAACAGUGCUCCCGAACCUCUCCUCAGCAGCAAUGUUCUACCGAAAGACCUCCGCUUCAAAACACUCGGUUGAUCUAAGUUUCCUGAGCAACGAGGAAGUGAGUGCGAUCCUGGACGUGCUAGAACGGGAUAAGGAGCUUCAGAGGAUGAAUAAUGACAGAUUGAAGGAAAUCAAGAAGAAAAAUCCCGACAAAUUGUGGUUGAAAGGUAUAACUGGUCAAUGGUUUGAAGAAAUAAGGAGAGCAAAAUUUAAAGAUCAGACUGACUUAACCCAGAUACUGAAAGGGUCCCAUAUUUGGAAUCUGAAGAAAAAUAGAACAGCUUUAAGUGACUUGAGAUUUCUACAUGCAAAAGACUGUCCACAGAGUAAAAAUGAGGUCAAUCAUAUAAAUUUUUCAGGUAAUUCCAGGGAAGAUGCUAAUCUAGACCCUGUUUCCAGGCCCUCUGAAUUUGCAAACCAAGACAUACAGUCUCAAUCUGAACAAAACAAAUGCAGUAACUAUAGUCCAUUACAGUUGGAAACUCCAAACAUGUUCCAGCAAAUUCAGGUACGGUUGAAGGCAGCAGCAGUUCCCCAUGUUGAAAGAAAAAUACAUGUGUUUCGUGACUUGAGUAAACAAAUACAGUCUAACAUCCUUAGUCAAGACUUGGAAACAAAUAACAUUGCUGAUGCAUUGAAUAAACAUGAAAUGAUUUUGGAGACUGAAGAUUUGAGUAAUACUGAAUUACAAAGAAACAUCACACAUGAAAAAGAUGGUAAAAGUUAUGAUCACCUUACAGAAAUACACAGAAGUGGCAAAACAAACACUGUACAAAAUUCCUCUGAGUUGAGUGAAAACACGAGAGAACAAGCACUACCUGUCGAGUACAACAUUGAAGCUUCUCAACAACAAUGCAAUGCCUGUGCUUUAAUUGGAACAGGUCAAUGUGAAGCUGACAAUUCAGUAUUACCAAAACCUGCAUCUCACUCACAGUCUUCUAUUAUUGAAUCUAAAAAUGUGUUUCAAAAUCAUCCAAUGAACAAUGCUGGUAACAUUCUGACAACAAAUAUUAAUGGCUGUUUGUCAAGCAAUCAUUCAAAAACAGAUGCUGUCUACUUAAAAAGUAAGAAUAAAGAUUUAUUACAAAAUGAUGAAUCGGAAGAAUGUAGUGCAACAGGAAUUAUUAUAACUGAAUCUCCAAACUAUUUGCACAAAGCAUUUGCUUCCCAAAGUCUAUCAUUAACUAGCAGUGCACUUAACCUUGAGAGAUGCUCUAAACAAAAUGACAAACAAGAAGCUGUGACCACACUUUCAACAGACCAAGUGUUCAGCUACAAGUUUCCCAUACCUAACAACUACAAAUACCGUUUGUUCAGUGAUUCAGUCAAGUGUACUGACAUAACUGUAGACAGAAAAUGUCAAGAGAAUAAAUCUGAUCCAAAGCCUGUUCUUUCUUUAACAAACUCAAAAACAUCUCUUUCAAAUAGCACAGAGAAUAGCAAUUCAACCAAAAUACAUGGUGCUGAUAAUGUGCAAAAUUAUAAAUCUGAAACGAUAGACACAUCACCAUCCGUUGUAGUAAUGCAAUACCUGUCUACAAUUACCAACAAAAACAAGUCAUCGACAAAUUACUCAAAAAGUGGAAGCAACAGUGAAACAAUUAAGAAAGCCAUAUCUGAAACCGCAAAUGAAGAACAGCCCACUAGAACUAUCACACCAUAUUUGAACCAAAAUACGUCAUUUACAUUUUCCUUCAGCAGUGGAGGCAAUAAAAAUUUAUCAAAGUGUGAUGCUAGCAAUAAACCUGCUGCACAAGAUUUGCAGUGUGAUCAAAUGCCUCUCCCAAACUUUACAGUUGGUCAAGAUAAGUCAUUAACUCACUUUCUACUCCAUGAUAAUACCAUUAUGGAUCCAGGAGCCAUUAAGUAUACAGAAAGCUACCAGUCUGAAAAAAAAAUUUCAGUUCCACCACAGAUUAUAGCAACUAGCCAACCUUCUCCAAAUACUCAUUUUAAAGCAAACAAGUUAUUGAUCCAUUUGCCGGUGAAAUCAGAUCUUAUCAAGAAUUCAGAAAAUGAACACUCUGAAAACUACAAAGCUGUUUUGAUAUCAGAUGCAGACGUUGACUUGAAAACUCAUUCAGCAAAGGCAUUUCAAAAUCGGGUACAAAAUACUGCUGACACUACUAGAGGAAUUACAAGAGAUUACAAUCGAGCCUAUGAAUUUAAGAUGGAUGGUUCCCCUUCUGGACUGGAUACAGCUUUUAAUCAGUCUCUGCUUAAAGAUAACACAUUCUUAAAUGAACACAAACCACUAUGUUAUUCUUCAAACAGGGUUCAUACCACAGGAAACAGAAAAAGUCCUGACAGUUUGCAUACUGAAAAGACCAGUCAGCAGCUAACGUCCAACAUUAUUCAUAUUAACCAAAAAAAACAAUUGGUUCAUCCCUUGCUCAGCAAUGACACCCAUGUGCAUGGAGAACACAGUCAGAUUUUACAAGAGAACAAAUCUGAAAGCCAUAGUAUAAAUCCAUCACCAGAAAUGUUAACUGUUUUACAUUUCACAACCACUUCUACAGAUAUCAAAAAAGUUGCAAUGCACAAUGAUUCGUCAGAGGGAACUGAAAUUGCUCACAAUCAGAAAUCAUGUGACAGAAAUGAGGAAAAUUACCAAUCAGAAAAUCAUGGUGAGGAUUCACAAAGUAGAAUGAUUGGCCAGAGGACUCUAACAAACAUCACACCAGGACAGAAUCUGUACCCAGAUAAUUUAAAAAGAAGAUUCAACAAAUCAGAGACACCUCAUGCAUCUUCAACAAUAGAUUUAGAGAUUGGGCAACAAUUUUCCACAAAUAUUGCACACAGACAUAAAUAUCUGUCACAGAAUUAUGCACGAAACAGUCUACAUGUUAUUCUGGACGGAGGAGGCAAUAAGCAUUUGGAAAAGGACAGCACUGAACCUACACUGCCCUCUUCAGUGACUGGCCAACAGACUUCCACAUGUGCACAUAACAAAAUCAACCCCCCCACCAACUUUCCACUCAGUGCUGACAGUACUCUGGAUACAGAUGUUAUCAGGAAUACUGAACGUUACCAAUCUGAAGAAAGCAGUCCAAUUGUUUUGCAAGAUACAUUAACUGACCAAAGAUCACCUACUAAUUCAAUCAGCAACUUAGACAAACCAUUACCUCAUUCUUUGAAACGUGCUGACAUGGAAUUAAAUGAGAACUUCCAAAAGCAGCAGGCUAAAACAGGCAGUGAUACCGCACCAUUAUAUUCGUUCAGUCCCAAUCAUUCUACAACAAAUAUGAAGAAAAAUACUUUGUGGCAUUACGUAACAAAGGUUACUGACAUCUAUCACAAUGGGAGACUUUCUGCAAAGUUGCAUAAAACAAAGAGUGCACCCUCACCAUCAUCUGCAGAGACCAGCCAGUCGCUCCUGGAAGAUAACUUACAAAGCCACAACCAAAAGAAAUCAAAGGCUUUUUCCCUGGUCAGAAACGACAUCAAGUUGUUGGCAGAUUGUGGAAAUAUAGAGGAAAACCAAUCUGAUAAAUACUGUGCGGGUUCCACGUUGAAUAGACAAUGGACACAUCAAGAUAUCACAGCAGGCAGAAUUCAUUCCCCAAAUUUUGAUGACAUUACUAUGGUCAGCAAAAUAAAUAAAUCUUGUGCUGUAGAUAAAUCUGAGACGGAGUCUAUAAUUUCACCACUGGAUCGAGAAACCAGCCAUUUGUCUCAUACAGAUAGCUCACACAGGCAUGAACACAGGCCUGUAACUUAUUUGUUAAACAGUGCUGCUGUCAGUACCCACAGAGAAAGUCCUAACUAUUUGGAAAAGUGCAAAGAGGAACCUAAAAGUUCAGAUUUAGCAGAUGAUAAAACUCCUCAACAAAAAUCUAUAACAACAACAGACAUCUACAAGGACAAGCCACUGAGUCAUUCAUCAGUCAUUACUGUUGUCAGUGCAGUUAAUCAAACUCCAGCACUGGAUCCAGUCACCAUUUAUAAUACUUCUAAGAAUAUCAAUGUCAGCAGUAAAUAUAAGACUACUACAGAUAUUAAGAAAGAUGCUUUGCAGAAUGACCCAUCAAAGAUGCCGGAAAUACUUCAUGAAAAUAAAUCUUUUAAUGUAAUAAUCUUUAAAACAAUACCAGCAGCUAACAGUGCAUCCUCGUCACUGGCACCAGUGACCAGUCAGAGUUCCCCGACAACUCUCUUACAGAAAAGCCAUUCACUGACUCAAUCCCAGCUUGAAGAAGAUAUCAUGAUGGACAGAGGAUGUAUUCCGUAUUUACAGAAGGACCACAGUCAUCUCUCAACAUCAGAUUCAUUAGGUGAUCAACUGUUUCCAGCAAAUGGCACAUGUGACAACAACACCAAUGAGUCACAUUCUCAGUCUCUGCUCUUUGAUCACCUCCCUGUGGGUCCAGAAGCUGUCUGUAAUGUAGAGAGUUACCAAUCAGAGAACCAUGGCUGGGAUUCAGCAGGUAGACCACUCAACCAGAGAACUCCAACAAAUAUCAGACCAGGAAAGGAAAAUAUUCAACAGAAUGUGUACCCAGAUAAUAAUUGCAUUAAUUUAAAUAGAGGAGUCACCAAAAAUAAUGUGCAACAUUACAAAUCAGGAAGACCACAUAUGUCUUCAAUGUCAGACUCUGAGAUUGAGCAAGUGUUUUCAACAAAUAUUGCACAAAGGCAUAAAUAUCAGUCACAGAAUUAUGCACAAAACAGUCUGCAUGUUAUUCUGGAUGGAGGAGGCAAUAAGCAUUUAGAAAAGGACAGCACUGAACCUACACUGCCCUCUUCAGUGACUGAUCAACAGACUUCCACAUGUGCACAUAACAAAAUCAACCCCCUCACCCACUUCCCACUCAGUGCUGACAGUAUUCUGGAUGUAGACAUUAUCAGGAAAACUGAACAUUGUCAAUUUGAAGAAAGCAGUCCAAUUGUUUCACAAGCUACAUUAACUGACCAAAUAUCAUCUACUAAUUCAAUCAGCAACUUAGACAAAUCAUUACCUCAUUCUUUGGGAAGUGGUGACAUUGAAAUAGAUGAGAAGUUCCAAAAGCAGCAAGCUAAACCAGGCAGUGACACAGCAUCGUUAUAUUUGUUCAGUCCCAAUCGCACUACUGCAAAUGUGAAGAAAAACACAUGGCGACAUUACAUAACAAAGGUUACUGACAUCUAUCACCAUAGGAGACCUUCUGCUAAGUUCAAAUUAAAUGUUUUGCAUAAAACAAAGAGUGCACCCUUACCAUCGUGUGUAGAGUCCAGCCAGUUGUUCCCUAAAAAUAGCUUACAAAGUAACAACCAAGAGGAAUCAAAGGCUAUUUCACUGGUCCGAGAUGACAUGGCAGGUACCAACCAAGAGGAAUCAAAGGCUAUUUCACUGGUCCGAGAUGACAUGGCAGGUACCAAAGAAGUAGAACACCAAUCUGACAAGGACAAUGCAAUUUCCACAGCAGAUGAAUUAAAUGGACAAUGGAUCCAGCAAAAUAUCACAGAAGGCAAGAAGAAUAUGUUAGAUGUUCAUUCCCCAAAUAUUGAUGACAUUACUGUGGUCAGUGAAAUAAAUAAUUUUUGUGCUGUAGAUAAAUCUGAGACGGAGUCUAUAAUUUCACCACAGGAUCAAGAAUUUGACCAGUUUUCUCCUACAGAUGGUCCACACAGGCAUGAACACAGGCCUGCAACUUGUUCGUUAAACAGUGCUGUUGUCAAUGCCCACAGAGAAAGUCCUAACUUUUUGGAAAAGUGCAAUGAGGAACCUAAAAGUGCAGAUUUAGCAGAAGAUAAAACUCCUCAACAAAAAUCUGUAACUACAACAGACAGCUACAAGGAUGAGCCAUUGAGUCAUUCACCAGUCACAACUGUUGUCAGUGCAAUUAAUCAAAAUAGCAGCCAUAUAUCUUCAGCACUUGAUUCAGUGUCCAGUUACAAUACUUCAAAGAAUACCACUGAUAGCAGUAAAUAUAAGGCCAUAAAUAUAAGUAUUUCACUCAACAAUGCUCCUGACAUUACAGAUAUUAGAGAACAUUUACAAAAUAACUUAACAGAAAUUAAUAAAAUUCCAGCAGUAUAUUCACUAAAUGACAUACAGUCCGUGAAGUCUGUUACAGACAUCAAGAAAGAUGCUUUGCAGAAUGAUUCAUCACAGGUGCCAGAAAUACUUCAUGAUAAUAAAUCUUUUAAUGUAUUAACCUUUAAUACAAUACCUGCAGCUAACAGUGCACCCUCAUCACUGACCAGUCAGAGUUUCCCUGUAACUCUCUUAGAGAAAAGCCAUUCACUGACUCAAUCGCAACUUAAUGGAGAUGUUACGAUGGACAGGGGGCAUGAUGAGUAUUUGCAUAAGAAUCACAGUCAUCGCUCAACACCAGAUUCACUUGGAGAUCAACUGUUUCCAGUAAAUGGCACAUGUGACAACACAAACGAGUCACAUUCUCAGUCUCUGCUCUUUGAUCACCUCCCUGUGGGUCCAGGAGCUGUCUGUAAUGCAAAGAAUUACCAAUCCGAAAACCAUGGUAGGGAUUCAGCAGGUAGACUAAUCAGCCAGAGGACUCCAACGAAUAUCACAACGGGAAAGGGAAAUAUUCAACAGAAUGUGUACCCAGAUAAAAAUUACAUUAAUUUAAAUAGAAGAUUCACUAAAGAUAAUGUGCAACAUUACAAAUUAGGAAUACCCCAUAUAUCUUCAACAUCAGAUUCCAAGAUUGAGCAAGAGCUUUCAACUGAUAUUGCACAAAGGCAUAAAUAUCAGUCACAAAAUUAUUCACCACAUAACAAAAUGAACCCACUGAUCAAUUUCCCACUCAGUGCUGAGAGCACUCUGGAUGCAGAGGUUAUAAAGAAUACCAAACAUUACCGAUCUGAAGAAAGUAGUCUAACUGUUUUACAAGAUACAUUAACUGACCAAAGGUCUCCUCCUAAUUCAAUCAGAAAUAUAGAUAAACCAUUGCCUCAUUCUUUGGAGAGUGAUGACGUAGAAAUAGAUGAGAAUUUCCAAAAGCAGCAAGCUAAAACAGGCAGUGACACGGCCCCAUUAUAUCCCUUCAGUCCCAAUCACUCCACUACAAAUGUGAAGAAAAAUACAUUGCAGCAAUGCAUAACAAAGGUUACUGACAUCUACCGCCGUAGAAGACCUUCUGCUAAGUUCAAAUUCAAUGUUUUACGUAAAACAAAGAGUUCACCCUCACCACGUUCUGCAGAGUCCAGCCAGUUGCUCCCCGAAAGUAGCUUACAAAGCAGCAACCAAGAGGAAUCAAAAGCUCUUUCCCUCGUCCAAGAUGACAUGGCAGGUAGCAGAAAAUGCCAACCUGACAAAGACAAUGCAAUUUCCACAGCGGAAGAAUUGAAUGGACAGUGGACUCAUCAAAAUAUCACAAGCACAAACAAUAUGUUACAGAGCUGCUCCCCAAAUAUUGAUGGCAUCACUGUGGACAGAAAAAUUAAUAAUGUUAGUGAUGUAGAUAAAUUUGAGACUGAGUGUAUGCCUUCACCACUGAAUCAAGUAUACAGCCAGUCUUCCCUUACAGAUACCCCAUGCAGUCAUAAACAGGGGCCUGCAACUUACUUGUUAAACAGUGCUGCUGUAAGUGCCCACAGAGAAAGUCCUGCCUACUUGAAAAAGUGUAAACAGGAAACCGUAAGUACAACCUCAGCAGAAGGCAAAGUUGCUCAACAAAAAUCUCCUACAUGCACAGCAGACAGGCAACUGUGUUAUUCAUCAGUCACUAAGGAUGUCAAUACCAUUAAUCAGGACAAAUUUACGAUAAGCCAAGUACUUCCAGCACUGGAUCCAGUGAGCAGUCAUCACUCUUCCAAAAAUAUCAUAGACAGUAGUAAAAGUAAGACAUUAGGUUUUUCACUCAAUGAUGCUACUGUCACAGCAGAUACUGGAGUCAAUGAACAUUUACAAAAAGACUCUUCCGAAAUGAACAACAUUCCAGCAUUAGGUUCAUUAAGUUGCGUACAAUCCACAAUCACGAUCACAAAUACCAAGAAAAAUACCACACCAAAUGUGUCAUCACAUCUUACUGAAAUACAUGAUGACAAAAAAGCUGAUGACAGAUUAAAGUUUAAAGGUUUUCAUAAAAAAAAUAGUGCACCCUCAUCACAGCUGAAGGUGACUGAACAAAUGCCCACUACUGAUAUCACUCUCAGCAAUCAUGAAAAGUCACCGACCCAUUCCAUAAUGAGUGGUGCAUUUAUAAUGAACAGAAGAAAGAAUUCUUACUUACAAAAGAACAAACCUGAAACCAACAAUGAGUUUUCAUUAGUGACCUCAUUGGCUGGACAACAGUCUCCUUCAAAAAUCAUAAACAACAAAGAACCUAAGUCACCGGCUCAUUCUCCAAACAGAAGUGGUGUAAUGGAUGCAGGAGAUAGCAAGAAUCUAGAAUUUUGCCAACCUGAAAACAACAGAGAAGCUUUCUCAAAGAAACCAAUUGAUCUGCAGUCUUAUACAGACAUCACAGAUGCCAAAACUACAAAGUUUCAGCAUUGGUUUCCAGAUAGUGACAUUUCUUUGAAUCAACGAUGCAGUGUUAAUUUAAAACACUAUAAAUCAGAAACUGACAUUAGUUCUUCAAUACAGGAUCCAAUUCAUCAAAUGUCUUUUAUAGAUAUGACAUGUCACAAGAAAAUCACAAGAGAACCAAUGAAAAGUGAUGAUUUUACUUUGGCUGAAAGAUAUAAUAAAGGUUGUGAACACAUUGAUAGCCAUCUAAACAACAACAUUUCUUCAUCACAUAAUUUGUUACCUGCUCUUCUGUCUCCUGAAAAUAUUGUACAUUACAACAGAAAUGUAAUAUGUGAUCAUUCACUGACUAAUGCAGAAUUCCUGGCACAAAGCUGUGACAACGUGAAUGAAGGUAGCAAAACAUUCAAAUAUGGAAGGAAAUCAUUCCAUGAAGAAAUAUUUCAGAAUCAAGCAUUGAGAAUGUGGAUGAAAAAUACAAAAGUUUCUAAUUCAUUUCAGCAGUGUUCUCCAGAGGAGAGCCAAAUUGAUUCACAUCUCGCAGAGAUUAAUAACUUUCGUAAUAGAUUAAAUGCCUACAGUGAUUUUUCUCAAUACAGAGCAACUUCCUCUGGUAUUGAUGAAGAUGAUCCAUCGAAACUAAACAAUAAAUACCAGGCAAAGACAGCUAGAUUCUCAAAAACGUACCCCAGCUUGAGAUAUUCUCUCAGGCCCAAUCCUCAGAACGUUCAAAGUUGGUGUGGUAAUCUCUAUAAAACAAAAAGUUUAAAAGAUAUUAAUUGCAACCAAUCCACCCUCCAAGAUCAUGAAAAUGUAUUUUCCACAAACAGGCCGUAUAAUUUUAAACCAACUGUUCAAAAGAAGCAAGUCAACACCAGACUUCAGUUUUCAAAUCAAAUGAAAUCCAACAGACUUUAUCGAUCUUAUUCUGAUCUCCCAUUUUCUGGUGAGAAUGAAUUUGACCAGAAUAACUGGGUUACAGAUCAUAGCAAUAAGUUUAGCUUUGACAAUCAUGAUUUAGAAAUUGGAAAUAAAGACAAAACAAAUGUUUCUAAAGAAGAGAAAAGGAAAGAAACACACCUUGAGAACAUGAAAAGAGUUUUGGUUGUGGACAGAUUGUGGAAACCUGGAUACCUUCACAGCAGGGUCUCAUCUCCAAGAAAUGAGGAUGUUUUCAAUCCACUUACAAGUGAAAUAAACCAGGAUCCGGGGGUGAAUGAUGAUACUGAAAGGAAUCAUGAAUAUUUUCCUGUAGACAUUAAAUUAUUCUGGCCUAAGGAAAAUCCCACCGAUAUAAUCAGACUUUUAAGUUCAUCAUCUACAGGCAGCAAAGUAUCAGAAAACAGUCUUUCACCACAUCAACAAAGUACACCAGUCGUGGUUGACAAACAAAACUUUUCUUGUUACUCAGAAUCAAACUCGGACACCACUACUGAUGAUGAGUACUUCUUGGAUAGCAAUGAAAUAGUAAAAGAAUCUAUGUUAUAAUAAUGUUCCCACCUAUAGGAAUGGGUGGCAGUGUAUGUUAUUGAUUUGUAACAAAUCAUGUUCUAUGAUGUACUGUUGGCUGCCAUGGUCAUCUGUGUGUGUGCUAAGAUGCUCUCAAGUAUGACACUAAAAUAUUCAAUGGUAUUGAUACCACUUGGCUAUAUUUUCAAAUAUAUAACUUAGUUGUCAGUCUCUUUGGCAGUUAUAUGAUACAUUUUCAAAAGUGGGAAGUAGCUGUCUUAUUGCUAGAGACAGUUGUAUUUAAUUUUCACAUUUUAAGGGGGGCUUAAUUCACACCCUGAUGUUAAAUAGUGAUGAAAUGUGUCUAUUUGGUUGUGGUUAAAUAUUUAUAUAAAUAGCAUGCAAGACCAUCUUCCCUGAAAGCAUAAAUACUUGGGUUUUAGCUAAAUAAAUAAUAGGUUACCAUUUCGGAUCUGGCUUUUCAUCAGAUAUUUGAUGCAGGAUCUCAUCUGAAACAUUAACUUAUUUUUGCCCUUGUUGGACCUGCAUUCAAGUCUUUCCUGUUCUCAUUUUAGAGGUUUUUCAGCUUUCUAAAUGUUUCUUCUUUUUCAUACAUUUCAAUUCUUUAUUGUUAUAAAUUCAAUUAUCUUCAAAACUAUACCUAAGGGGAAAAUCAAAAUGUGUUACAGUACUGUAAAACAUGCUACCUGUGUGCUCAUAGUUUUGCACAGUAUGUAUAAGUAGUAUCAUUAAGCAAAUACUUGAUAAAAUAAUCAUUUAAAAAUGUGCUGCUAAUAAAAUAAUGCCCUUAAAAUUGUAUUUAUAUAAACUUCUAAAUGUUUGGGCUUUGAAUAAAACACUUUUAUGUUUUGUUAUAGAAAGUAUACACUUCAUCCUUGUGUAUUUUCCUAUGUUUGAACUAUGCAAAAUAAAAAUAGGAAACAAA